GAGACUUCAACCAGAAGAUGGACUCAAUUUCGAAAUUGGAGAGCCUCAGCCGAGAUUGCCAAGCUCACGCGAUCUCGUAGUGCAGCCAGCAGAACCUCUAACAUUUCCAUCCAGAGCUUUCACAGUGCUGAGUUCCAAGCUACGGCCAAACAGAUUGUGCGUGAGGCCAUUAUCAGAGCUGCUAGCGAAGCCAACUGUUCUUUGCCACAGUGCAUGCCUAGCAGCACCUUCUCACACCAUGUGGUUUCUACAACUAAAGAUAUAGUGAAUAUGAUCAUGCAAGACCUUGAAAGUCUAUCCCAGUACAUAGAGGAUGACGCAGACUCCUUCCCACUAGGAGAGAAAAAGCUGCAGUCCCAGAGUUGUCUUUGACACCUUAUUGGAUGCUGCUCAAACCUUGUACCACAGAGUAAAGGUUAGACCAUGUCAGUCACCAUAGCCAAAGAUGUGCUGGACUCCACCCCUGUGGAGACACUCAGAUGCUCAAAGUCCCCUGACACUGCUCUUGUUAAGGACAGGAACCGCCCUCCGUCUGUGAGAAGUGAGAAGCCAUUUUCAAAAGUCAGUUUGACUAAAAGGUCUAAAGCCCUUGUGUCUUCGAGUGGCUCCUCCACAGACCACCAUGUAAUUGACACAUGCAGUGAGGAUGUCACUCUGCCCCCCAGGAGUAUGUCGGUUGUGAGCGACACCAGUUUGAAGAGAACCUCUCCUCUCCAUGGUAGUGGAUUGAGUGCAAGUUGUGAACCUCUUGUGGCUCUACAAGACAGAACAGUGGCAGUCAGCCAAGAAGGCUUUAGCAAAACUGCAAAGGAUUGGCCAACUGAGAGUUCAUCUGUUGGGCAGAAUGCAAGUGAGGAGUGUUUGAUAGCCACUAACAUGUUAGACUCUCUACUGGAGAGCCUUGACCUGUUGCCUGACAUGAGUGCUGCCAAUGAGAUCACAAGGACAGAAUGCCAUACCUCUAACGCAAUGGACAAGACAGGUUCACAGUCAGCGCUUGUGAGUCAACAAGAAAUAAACAUAUCUGACACCAGUCUCAUAGUGAAAACUAUAAUGGACACAUUGAAGACAGACGACCCAGAGAUGACUUCAGCAGAAGAAAAUCUGGAUAGACUCCUGUCAAUUGAAGCCCUUCAAGAUGCGUCUGGCAACCUGAUCGCAAAGGUCCAUGGUCUCAUUCAGGAGAUAACCAUAAGCCGCCAGCUUCAAUCCACGACUGGCCACAGAAGCCUCUCUCAACCAGCGCUGCCAAAGCCAGCACUGAGGAAGCUGUCAAAGGACGAUGCGUCAGAGCUCGUUUACAGCUUUGCCCAGACUUCUGUUAGCAGACUCCUGGGGCAGUGUUUGGUUAGGCCUAUGCCACCCACCGCUGACAGGGUUUUGGAUCAGGUCAUCAAGUUGAUGACAGACAUGGUGAUGGACAGCCUGACUGAUCUGUCCAAGUCUGCAAUGGAGGAUGGUAAGUGAAAGUACCUCUUCAUCUGCAUAGGACUUCAUUGUAACAUGAUGCUCAUUACAUUGCGUUUUAUGAUGUAAACUUCACUGGUUGUGUCCAAAAUGGCACCUUCCAUGUUUAGUGCACUACUUUUGACCCUAUGGGCCCUGUUCAAAAGUAGUGCACUAUAAAUGGAAGAGAAUGGCUUUUGGGACGCAGUGACUGACUUCCGUGGUUGCGUUCUCUUCUCCCAGUUAUUGUACCCAGCUCGGUCACACCAGCUUGCUCUUCUUACUCAGACACCAGCAAUGCCGCAAGUGACAUCACUCAUGGUAUUGUGGCUGACCUUAAUGCUACUGAGGAAUUCCCUGCCAGUGGCCUUAGCCCAGCUGAUGUAAAGGCUGACGGCAUGGCCCACCUUCCCUCUGCCAGGGGGGAAGAGACUAAGAAGAACAGGAAGUGGCAUUUCCUACCCAAAAUUGUCAAGAUUCCAAAGAUCAGGAUUAAGGUAGAGGGCUCAGUGUCUUUAGAUUACCUCUGUAAGGCAGGGCUGAAAUGUACCCUACAGAUUCACUAAACCCCUAUUGUCUCUGCAUUAGAACAAUGCUGUUGUCAUUGUCUUUAGGAGGUUGAGUGAGGCCGCUGUAAUACAAUCCUAAUACACAUGGGAGAGAGAGAGAGACAAUGGAUGUGUCCCAAAUUGCACCCUAUUCCCUAUAUAGUGCACUACUUUUGACCAGAGCUCUAUGGACCCUUGUCAAAAGUAGUGCCUUACGUAGCCUGUCUUUUUGGGUGCACGACAGUUAUUUUACACAGGCUCAGUUGUCCUGAUGUGUUUUGUCAACAGCUGUACAAGACAAAAGGGGAACCGAAGAGCCACCCUGAACAGGAUACUCUGCCUACCAAACGUCUCAGAGAGACUCGUAUUUCACAGGAUGCUGAGUGUGAGGUUCCAUCCACUUCCCCACCCAAGGAGGCCCUGACAACCACACUGGCCCCUGCUCCCCAGGAGUCCCAGUCCCGUAAACGCCCUCUCAUAGUCAGGGUUGUUGCAUCCCCACACCUACCAGUGAAGCACCACAGGCUAAUAUGAGCGUUAGCUCUGGGUUGUUGUGAACUAACACCUGGCUACUAAGUAGAUGUGCUUUUCAGGAAGCCAAGGCACAUAGGCUUUUCUGGGACCAUUCCCAUUUGACAUCUUUCUGCAGUGGAGCAUUUCAAAAGGUGUGUGAUAUAUCCAUUCGAAUGUCCUUAACUAUAGGCUUAACUAUGGUAGUUAGAUUUGGAAUGAAUUUGCCAUAAUAGUUAAGGAAGGAAAGGUAAGACCUGAACUCAGUGGUGUUUCUAGGAAUGGGAGCCUUCUCAAUAGCUUCAGUUUUCUGUUUCAUGGGGUGUAUCCCCUCUGCAUCUAUCACAUGACCUAAAUAGGCUAUGCUGUUCUGGAAGAAAGAACAUCUCUCUUUUAACUUUCAGAUUGCAGACUUUGUCUUUUUGGGACUUCUUCAAGAUUUCGCAUGUGUCACGCAUAUCAUCAAUAUAACAGAUUACCCCUUCUUACCCCUUGUAGGAUCUGAACCAUCAUUUUCUGAAAAAUAUGACGCACAGGCAACACCAUAAGGAAGCCUGUUGACCUUAAAACAACCCCUUAUGUGUAUUCAUGGUGAGAUAGUGCUUAGACCGCUCCUCUAACUGUACUUGCUCGUAUGCCUGUGACAAAUCCAGCUUUGUUAACGUCUCACCCCCGGUCAGCUUUUUGAACAAGUCCUGUGUUUUUGGUAAGGGAUACUGAUCUACUUCCAGCCACGGAUUGAUAGUUACCUUGUAAUCUCCACAUAUUCUUACAGUACUGUCUGUUUUCAGGAUACACACAAUUGGAGCAGCCCAUUGACUGUAGUUGGAGGAAGGACCCCUUCUAACUCCAACGUAACUAGCUGUUUUUCAACCGCUUCUCUAAGUGCAUACGUACUGGGCAAGGACUGCAGAACUUAUGUGCAGCCCUAUUAGUUACAUGUAGCUUGGCUGUGAUACCUUUUAGCAUCCCUAGCUCUGGCUGAAACAAAUAUUUUUCACACAAACCAUCUACUGUCUCUACAGCUGUUACUGUGUACAUGUGACCAGUCUAGCUUCAACUGACUGAUCCAGUCUCUACCCAGCAGGGCAGGACCAUUUCCUUCUACCACCAUCAAGUUUCAAAAAGUUGUACUCCCAUUACACUUGACUGAGAUUUUCCCACUUAGAACUAAUUACUGUAUGUUUUUAACACCCAGUUUGCAGGGCUCAAUUUUACCCUUUUGAACUUGCGGGUGUACAACCUCUCUGAUAGCAAACUGCUGCACCUGUAUCAACUUUCAUGUUGAGUCUCACAUCAUCUAUCCUUACAUACAAAGUCUUUACGUCUACUGCAAACAGUUCAGUUCCUUUUACGUUACCCAACUCAUAGUCAGUGGUGAAAACGGCUGAGGUCCCUUUAUCAGAGUUCUCACUCUCAUUUGAGAUGUAAUGUUCCAAACUCUGGCACUUGAGUGCGAUGCAAUGCUCCUGUGUUGAAAUGACGUUCUUGUCCUCUCUCUCGCUGGUGUGCGUUGCCCUGAUCAUCGUUGCUCCACUCGUCUUUUGCCUCGUUUAAUUGUUUCCCACAUGACGCGAGCGGCAAGUCAUGGCUACGUGUCCUUUCUUCUUGCACUCCAGAAGCUCAAAAUCCACGUAGCGCCACUCAUCUGGCUUGUGCCCUUUUCCCACACAACGGUAACAUGGUUUACAGGUUGCCUCCGUUUUCUUGGCAACGCUUUUCUUCUCAACUGCAUUUGCUUUGAAAGUAUUUUGUGAAGACUGCAGUGUGCUUUUCCUUGUUACUUCAAAAGAAAAUCCCAUAUCCACAGCCAGUGCUAAUGUUAAAUCUUGUGUGAGCUACAUUCAGUAAACGGUCUCUCAGCGGUCUUUUAACGCCACACACAAAUAUCACGUACUGACAGACUGAAUUUUCUUAAACUAGCGAAAUACUCAAUCGACUCUCCCUCGAGUUGACUCCUUGCAUGAUACUUACAUCUUUCAGCAAUACAAUUUGUCAUCGGUAUGUAGUGACCUUUCAACAGCGCAACCAACUGUCAACGUUGUUUCACUUGGUUUCUGUGGCGCAUUGAAGUCCUGUAAUGACCUGACUAGAUCAUAAAGGAACAAUUGUCCAGACAGAGGCUUGAG